UUGACAGACAAGUUUUGUGAGCAUAUUAUGUCAAUUCACAAGGAAAUUAAUGAAGAAAACGUUAUUGAUAUCUAUGAUUGUUAUAUAAUUCAAAAAGAUACAGAAAAGAUUAAAGAAUGCAUUUCAUUUUUCGCUUCAAAAAUGUUUGAUCUUCAAGAAGAGUAUAAGAUCGAUAUUAUCAAAAGAUUUGGAUACGACUUUUUUGAGCAAGUUUUGACAUCUGAAUCUCUCAAGGUAUCAAAUGAAGAUUCAUUAGUCAAUACAAUCAUAACACUGAGUGAGUAUGAUAAUUCAUUCUUUUCACUCCUUGUUUAUGUCAGAGUUGAAUAUUGCAGUAAUAAUAUUAUCAAAUCAAUCAAAGAUUUUUCAGAAAAACACAGUUUAGAAUCCAUCUCAAAUGAAGUCUUCGGAUGUGCACUUCUUAAACGUUCAUCAAUUCCUCAUAAGCUUCAAAUUUCUAAGAUCAAUUACCAUAGUGCAGAAGCAGUUCCAUGCAAACUUCAACUUUCUAAUGUCGCUGAUUAUAAUUUAAAAACUAUUUCUAAUAAAUUCGAACUAUCUCAUAUCGAAGAAUUCCAUCAAGUCGAUAAAUCAGAUGAAAAUGUAAGAAUUUUAAGAAGUUUAAAUAAGACAAAAGAUAGUUUCGAUCAAAUAUAUAAAGUUCUUAAAAAAGCAUCAUUGGAAGAAGAUCCUACAACAAUAAAAUUUGCUGUUGAUGAAAAAUAUAUUGAUGUUCGAGAUGAAUAUGAAAAAAAUAUGAUUCUCGAAGCCGCACGGCAGAAUAAUUUAUGUCUUGUAAAGUAUUUGUUUAAUCAAGAUGUGGAUAUUCGCAGUAGAUCUUACACUAAUAGAACAAUUCUUCAUUAUUUUUGUCAAGAAGGAAAUCUCGAAGGUGUAAAAUUUGCUCUGAACUUUAUUGAUAUUAAUGACAAGAAUAACGAAGAUUAUACACCUCUUCAUGAUGCCAUUAAUUAUAAUCGUAUAGAUAUUUGUAAAUUUCUUAUCUCGCAUCCCAAUAUAGAUAAACAUGCUAAAAACAAAAAUAACGAAACUCCCCUCCAAUAUGCAAUUAGUCUUGGAAAACAAGAAAUUGUUGAAGUUCUUAAUAGAAAUGGAAUUACGGAAUAG